CCUUUGCUGAAGCUGCGACGCGGAGAAAACUUGACAGGAAUCCGAUAGGAGCCACGGCUAUUGGACCGACUUCCCCUGAUCUUCCAGAUAGGGUCUACUCCUGCCGCAAGGCCGCAUAUAGCCAGCACAUCCCAGUCUCAACGAGGCCGACUAUCCUUGGCUCCCGUCCGAGCGAUUCAGGUCGAGUCGUCGAGCGAUCAUCUCCGUUGACGUUGGUUCAGUCAGUCUUGGAUCGCCGGUGACUCAAACCCCGUCAGUCACCUCGCUGCCUGCCGAUCGCUUUUCGAUCAGCAAGCAACCAACUCGGGAGGCUUUUCAGUUCAGAUCUCAGCUACCUGUCGCUGAGAACUGAACUUGGGGAGCUUUCCCUCAUACGAUUAUGGCGCUCUAUUCUUAUCCGACUCCCCUGCAUGUCUUAUAUAGCCAGAAGGACACCCGCGGUUUCCGUCAGUUGCUCGACGCUCGUCAGCAGUCGAAUGGUCCGCAUUCCGGCGCAGGGGGGUCCUCCCUUCCUCGCUCGUGGGGCGUAUCCUCCCUUGGUCCUGUUGGAAACGAGGUGAAUGCGCGGGAUGGGUUUGGAAGGACAUUGCUGCACAUUGCUGCAGCAAGCCUUGAUGGGUGGGCACCCGAAUGGGUCCGCAUCUGCCUUGCUCAGAAAGGCAUCGAUGUUAACCUACAAGAUCCCGAGAACGCCUGGUCGGCAUUGCAUCGUGCGCUCUACGUUGGCAACUUGCACGCUGUUCGUCUGCUGAUGGAGCGAGCCGACACCGAUCUGAAGAGCAAAGACCACGAGGACUUCACACCUUGGGACGUAUAUAACCUAACGGUUGAUGGGACGUAUCCGGAUUUCGAAGCACCAUAUGGGACAAUGCUGUACACAUGGGGUGUCAAUCGCAACUUCACGCUCGGUCUGGGUGACGGGGACGACCGCACAUACCCUGAACCGAUCAAUCUCGCUCGCCUCACGCCGCCUUCGAAUGCCACGGGUAGCGCGAGAUUUGAUACUAUCGGUGUGAGCAGCAUCGUGAUGGCGAAGCUGCAUACAGGUAUCGUCACUUCCGAGGCUCGUGCGAAUGUUCGCCUGUGUGGUUUCGGCUCCGGAGGGCGCCUCGGUGCCGGAUCGCACACGCAGUACUCGUUCGCGCCGCUGAAGGACUUCGCCCACACCGUCACCGCUCUCGCGCUUGGUCAGGAUCAUACACUCGCCUUGACGUCCUCCGGAGAAGUAUACUCCUGGGGACUCGGUCGCUUUGCCCAGCUGGGUUACAUUAUCGACAAAGACGAUAAAGGCGCAGCGGACAGUGAGCAAGUGCAGUACAGCCCGAAGAAGGUUGUCGGUUCGCUUAAGGGCAAGGAAGUGCGAGGCAUCGCUGCCUGCAAGACCGCGUCUGCCGCUUGGACAAGAGAGGGACUCUAUACAUGGGGUACCAACGCUGGUCAGCUUGGGUACGAUAGACACACUGUCCCUACACAAGUCUCGCCUCGCAAGGUUACCGCCGUGACCCAAGGAGUGAUUGAUGCGGCACUUGCAGAGAACGCUAUGUGUGUCCUGCUCGAGUCUCAAGAUGUCUUGUGCUUUUGGAACGGAAUCCAUUUCAAGAUCAACUUCCCAGCCCAGAAGUUCAAGAGCGAGAGUUCAGUCUACCGGCCCCCACAAGCUAUCGUCAAAGUUAUGAUAAACAAGCUGGUAGUCUGUGAGAACGCUUUCGUCGCAUUAAGCACAUUCGGCGAUGUUUUCUUCUUCACCCUUCCUGAUCCCGGAAAUGUUGAUAACGAUUCCGAGAAGUUUACGCUCAAGCCUCAACGUAUUUGGGCCACCCGAUGCGCAGAAAGCAUGGCCAAGGACGUUGGUGUGGGAGCCGAUGGGACCGUCCUCCUGUGUACGGCGACUGGUCAUGUGUUUUCCCGGCAGCGAAAUCAGAAGCUCGCCAAUGACAGUCGACGCUCCCUCCCCGGCCAAGGGGCGCCACCUGGACCUGGAAACCUGAAGAGCUUCAAAUUUCAUCGUGUCCCAUGGUUACAGCGCGUCAUCAAAGUGUCAGCUAACAGCACUGGCGCGUUUGGUGCUAUCGCAGUUGAUGCUGUACCCAAACGUCUCGAUCUCACUGGCCCGACAUUAGGCGAGCAACUCGUUCAAGGCUUGCCUCAUUUCAAGCAGGUGGCUGGCAGUCGAGCUACGUCCGAUAGUGAUGUCCAAUCGCCCAUGUCUCUUAGUUCUGACAACAUCUCCCCUGUCCCUGUCACUGACGAAGAUGAUGAUGACGGCCCCUCCGAAACUUUUGAGCUCAUGGCAGCAUCUCAAGUAGUCGAGGCUUACUUGCAGCUCGAGGAGGACAAGCUGGCGCAAGUGACCAAGGUGGAACCGAUGCCAGCCCGACACUUGUGGGGUGCUGACGUCAGUAUUGAAGUUGCCGGCUGCACAAUCUACGCACAUCAGGCCAUUCUUGCGGCGCGGAGCACAGUUCUCAAAGAUGCUCUAGCCGGGAAGGGAUACACAGGUUCUGAGGUUGCUAUUGCACUUUCAAAGAACGCGAAGGGGCCCUUAACGAAGCUGAACAUCCGACUGUUGACCAGGCCAAGCACUGUCAUGCAAGAGCUCCAAGAUUUGCCUCUGGUUUUUCACCCACUUUCAGUCUUAUUACUGCUCCAGUACCUCUAUUCGGACACCAUACCCUCCAUUUGGGACCGCCUUGUCGGUGAGCGCUUACUCGGUCGAUAUCCCAAGCUCAAGCUACAUGCCUCCCGCCUACGUGCUGAAGUAUCGACUUUAGCCCGCGCACUGGGUCUAUCAGCACUGGAAGCCUUCAUGAGCGCUGCUACGUAUGCUCGACGUACUCCAACGCCCACCUUGAUUCGCGAUAUGUCUCGCCUCUUCGCGAGCUCGCAAGGUCGUGAAGCAAAAUAUGACAUGGUGCUGCAGUUGAAGGAUCGUCAAGUACAUUGCCACUCAGCUGUUCUCCGAACGCGCAGUCCAUUUUUCGCAAGCAUGUUCGAUGACGAGGACUGGAUGGCUGAUCGUUGGUCAAACGAGCAUGUGGUCCAGAUUGAUAUGAGACAUUUGACUUGGGAAGUCAUGGAGCCAGUCUGCGCUUACAUCUAUGAGGACAAAGGCCUGGAAUUACUCGACAACAUUGUGAGAAACACCGUUGAUGACUACAUCGACUAUGUUUGCCAUGUCAUGGCGGUUGCAAGCGAACUAUUGUUGGACAAGCUUAUGCUCGUCUGUUCUUCUGUGAUAUUACGACACGUCAACCUGUACAAUAUCCCUUCGCUGCUUGCGGACGCAGCCCAUCUUUCUGCAAAACCCCUCUUGAAUAGUUUGUGCGGAUAUCUCGCCAUGAAUCUGGAAUCUGUCAUGGAAUCUCGCCUCUUGGAUGAUAUGCCUCGUGAUCUUUUGGGCAAAGUGGGGGAAUAUAUAAGAUCUCUGCAGGCGGAGCGAAGCCCAGUUGCACGGUCGGGGAUUUUGAUUGAAGAGGCCAUGAAGACAAACAUGGAUUGGUCGUCUAUGGAAGACUUCCCGCAGCCGAUCCAGCGCAGCUGGAAAAAGAUGGUCAAGCCGUCUCCUAAGUUAUCACCAAUCAACCCCUUGUCUCCUCGUAUAUCGCCCUUGAUAAAACCGCUAAUGUCCCCGCCGGCAAACAAGAAUACGCACUUCAAGUCACCCCCCCUUGUUAUACCUGAUGAUGGUGGUAUCUUUGCAAUGGAUGAAGACGUGGAAACUAGUCGAAUUCCGCCGAUGUCAUUAGAUACGCCAGCAUCAAGUCAGCCCGCAUCCCCUCUUCCGAUUCCCAACAGAGCCCCGGUUUGGAAGGGCAAAAGCUUGCAAGCCCACCAGAAAGCUGACAUGCGAAGCAUCAUGGCAGAAGAAGCCACUUCUAAUGGACGGUACCUCCCUACCGGCGUUGGUAGCGCACCGAAAGGACAAGGAUUUCCAGCAUAUGCACCUCUAUUACCUGCGAAAGGGUUGGGAGUAUCUCCAUCACCUUCCAGAACACCGUCGGGUGUAUCAGUAUCAUCCACAACCGGGCCGUCUACAUCCACUCCCUCCACGCCUCAACUACGGCUUGCUGGUCGACCAUUAACACAACGGUCUCCGUCCGGUGCGCAACCUCCCGCGACUUCAGGAUCUCAUCUACCCACACCGACGAUGGGAACCCGUCAGCCAGCUUUCAAGGGGCCAGCGCUUGGACCAAUCAUCACUCCUGUCCGGGCGACACCGUCUGACAGCACGUCUCGGCGACGUAAUCAGGAUGCUUGGACUUCUGGCGGGCCGCUCCUGUCGACUUCACCUCCGUCUGCAGGCCCCAGCUCUGGCAAUUUAUCUUUCCUUGCCAUUCAACAAGAGCAGAAAGAGGCAUUGCUGGCAGGUACGAAGGCCCCCAAGAAGCCCAGUCUUCUUGAAAUACAGGAACAAGAACGGACAAAGAAACUGGAGGAACAAGCCAGUCGUGAGGAAACAGCAUUCAUUCAGUGGUGGGCGCAGGAAGAAGAGCGAAUGCGCCGGGGAGCCGGCAGGGGUAUCCCUCUUACAGAAGGCCCUGAUGGUGGGCGAAGUCAGCGACGCGGAAAAGGAAGGGGCAAGGGCGAGACUACUGAGGGUGGCCGCGGUGGACAUGGUGGACGUGGUGGACGACGAGGUGGUGCAGCUAGAGAAAAGGGCAAGUGCCAAUCUCAAGCAACGGUUGGAGCAUAAUUGGAGUUUGAUCAUGCGAAUGUUCUCUUGGAAUUCGUUGUUUUCGGUGUCGAAUCGCUUGCAAGGACUUUUAUCCUUAUGUAUAUACUUGUAUUCCUUUGUAUUGUAUAGCACGUGGAAGAUUGGCAACAAUAGAUGGGAGCAAC